GGUUCCCUAACACCUAUCAUAUUCAAAUAGAUGGACGGGGCAAGCCUGACCUGGUCCACCACAACUGGCUUAGUGUUCGGUCAUAACAGGCCCUAGAUGGGCCACUUUUCUUUUAUGUCUCCAUAGGAAUCAGUCGCCAUGAUUGCCGCCCCGCCUCGAGAAAACCCCCUGGUUACCUGGUUGAGAGCCUACGCCCUACAGGAGGUCCUCAUCGGGAACCUGUCAGAUGUCCCCCCAUCACACGAUUGUGUUGCCUGUACAAGACCAAAGGCCUCAGAGGGAGGGUCCCCCUUCCUCUGGGAGUUCCUCCCCCUCACGAACCUGACUCCACAGCAUCCAGCUUCAGCCUGCAACAACACAGACUGGGUUCAUCGGCCUCUGUUCACGUGCAACACCACCAGCGACGACCGAAGACCCAACUCAUUCGCCCCUGUUGCGGUGACAGGACCACUCCCAGCAGCCCCCUGCAUCGUGUUCUUUGGCUUCUCCAAUCCCACUCCGUUGGGGCAGUAUCCCAAUUGCACCCAAUGGUUCAUAGGACCUCGGCCUAACUCAAACCCCAAGAAAGGAAGCUCAAGAUACCGCACUGAGUUCACCAGGACAAGUGUGGCUCUGUGGGAACAACAUUGCCCGGACUGCUCUACCCGCAUUCCCAAAGGGGGUAUGUGCCAUCGGGCAACUCGUCAUAAAGGGAGGAGGGCUCUUUCACCACCGUCGCCCCUUCUUCUCCUCACCACGCAAACGACGAACAGCCACCGCAUGGGAGCGACUCAAGUCAGCCACCGAGAUGGUCAUAGGAGGGUACAUACAGUUUAACCCCCUCUCAUACAGUUUAACUUUACAGCAAAUCCGUGGACUGUCGCUUGGUCUGGAAGCCCUCACCAACAUCACAGCAGAAGGACUUCGUCGAACCAGCGACGCCCUCACUAUCCUAGCCAACUACGCCGAGCAGAACCGUCUUCUGAUCCAGACCAUCCUACAGAAGGACUUUUGUGUCGCCUUGGAGGACCUCGAUCCUCGCUUUAAAGGACAAUGUUGCCUGCGCCUUCAGCCUGGGUGGAACAAUGUCUCAGCCGUGGCUGACCAACUAUCCUCCCUCGCCGUCCAGAUUCGUAAAGAGCGUAAGCAGUGGGAUUGGUGGCAAGCUCAGUGGUCCAGCUGGGGGUUGGGGACCUGGGCUCAGUCCAUCAAGCAGUGGCUUAUCACUGUGGCUAUUGUUCUUGUGGCC